AUGUCGAGCCAACGACGAAAGGCGUUGUCUCGAACCAACGCGCGUCGUUCGUCCACGACGCGCGCGAUCGUGUGCGCGGUGUCGACGCUGUUGAUGCUUUUUGACGUCGUCAUCGCGUCGGUGACGUCGCUGACGCCAUCUCGUGGGCCUCUGGAGGGGAACACGCGCGUGACGGCGCGCGGGACGUUCGCCGCGCCGGCGAACUGGGAAAACUUCGCGCCCACGCCCGUGCUGGCGCAUGCGGCGGGGUGUAAGUUUGGAUUUGAUGGGAUGACGGUUGCGUAUAGCGCCGGAACGGUGAUCGCGAGCGAUUCGGUAGAGUGCGCGACGCCCGCGUACGGGUCGAGAGCUUUGACCGGUUCGCGGAGCGCCGCGGUGAGCGUGACGUUCAAGGGGUUUCCGUACGACCCGGAGUCGUACGCGGGGUUUUUCAGCGACGCGCAGUGGUUCGACAGCGAGUCGAACGUUACGUUUGAGUACUACGACGCGCCGAUCGUGCGGGAGGUUUCGAUAAUCAACUCGGCGACACCAAAGACUGCUUUUGUCACAGGCGAGGCACCGAGCGGCGAAGCCGCCGUCGUUGCCGUCGACGGUGGACCAUUUCUCGCGGAUGGUGAUUUCAAGUGUCGAUUCGCGCUUGUGAACGUCAUCAACUCCACUUUCGUGAACGCCACGCGCGUGACGUGCCCGAUGUGUGACGGCGGUGCAAAUGGGUGUGGGGCGCACAACGAGCAGUUAUCCUGGCUCCUAAAUCCACCGCCGGAAUUCGUGGAGGUGGAGGUGAGCAUGAACGGAGGAGGUGAUUAUCACUCUGCUCCAGCGCUAAAGUUGCAUACCGCUGCUGCGGGAGUCACGGUGACGCACACGCGAAGUUCGGCAGCGCUGUCGGCUUACGAGUCUACGGUUGAUUCGGGUGCGACGACGAUGACGCUCGAUCCGUUAACGGUGAAUUUAGUCGAUGCGAAGGGUACCGUGAUUGCGGAUGAUCUCGGUGUCGGUGGUUCGCGCGGAUUUGAGAUUACGGCGACGCUCAACUCAACCCUCUCGGCGAGCACGCCAGGGGUGACGAUGACGAUGAGUCCGACGACGGUGACCACAACGGAUGGAGAGGCAACGUUUCAAUUAGUCUUUAGCGCGCCGCUUCGAAUCGGUGAUUACGUCGUCAACAUCCAUGCGUCGGACUGCACUGGUUCUGCGUGUGUGGUGGUUCCAAGUGGAACCAUUUUCAAGUUCUCUGUCGUCCCAGGCGCGCCGGCGGGUUUGGUCGCGGUUCCCAUGAGAUCGCGCGUUGUUCCAGUCAACGAUGAGUCUUCACUCGGUGUCGUCACGGUCUACGUCGUCGAUAGCGCGGGAAAUCGCCUGUAUGCGUUCGAUGAGACGUCGCACUCGAUAUCAGUCGCGUCGGUUGACGGUUCAGACGCGUCUAGGACGACAGGUUCAGUCUUGUUUGGUAGCACGACGAUGUCGACAGCGGCCGGCGUCGCGGUGUUUAGGGAUUUGAAAUUCGUCAACGAGGCACCCACGGGAGAAAGACGUGGAGGCGAGACGAUGUUCGUCAAUAAUUUGACGCAUCCAUCGCCGUCGCGAGGAUUGAAUGGGGUCGACGAGGUGUAUAGACUUCUCUUCACAGCAUCGUUCGGCUCAACCAUUUCCUCCUUCACGAUGGCAAACGGGCGCGCGCGAUACGUGGAGAUUGAUAACCACGUGAUGCAGGUGAUGGUGACGUCGACGACGGUGGUGACGCUUCCAUCGCCUAUCUCACUUAGAUUAUAUGAUGCUGGGUACAACGCGAUUGCUGGAGCUGCAAAUGCGCGCCUGGAAGUUCGCAUGAGCGACGAGGCGUUUACACUCUCACCGUCCACCGCGACGUACGCCGUCGACGCGAGCGGUUCAGGGGUUUGGACGUUCGCCGCGAACACCGUUAUGCUUCAAACAAAGUCUGCGGGGUAUUACGUCGUUGAGUUUGGUUUAGAAGGCUCGGAAUACGUGCGUCCAGCUCGACAGCUAGUGCAGCUCAUACCUGGGAGCAUUGGUUAUCGUUGGAGUCACUCGCUCGCGAGCGGUCCAGACGUUCGCUACGCCAACGCGUCGACACCGCUCGGUAAUCUAACGGUGUCGGUUGCAGAUGUUGGCGGGAGUCUCGUUGGCGCAUCGGACCGAUUCAAUGCUACAACCAGUUCGUUCUCGGUUCAUCGGAUGUUUGCGUGCAACUGCCCGACGCUCUCCAUCAACGGGACUUUGACUGGAGACACCGCGGGCACAGGUGCUGCAGUGCUCAGUGGGUUGGUUUUGCAGUCUCCAGCAUUAGGCGUUCAUACGUUCACGUGCAGUUCAACGGGUAACACGCUGAAGGACAGCGCAGGGAACGUUUUUUCAACGAACUCAGUGGCGCUCGUAGAUCUCAACUUCAACAUCACCGUCACCUCUGGUGUGCCAGAUUAUUUUGCGCUGACGAACAGUCCAGUCGCGUUGAUGUCUACGUCAUUCGGAGUCAUGAACAUGUCGACGUUUCGGCGCUAUAGCAGUGAUUAUUACGUACCAUUGGACGAUUUCAAGUUUCAGAUGUACGACACGUACUCAAAUGAGGUGAAUUACCUCCUCACAAGCAAUCCGGUACAUCUCUUCGUCCAUUACGCCUCGGGCGUGAGCGGCGAUGAUAUCGGCACGGAGAGCGUGUACGUGACGUAUAAUUCCACGGUGGCGAAGCGAAUCGCUCACUUGGUGGCCGACCCUUUCGGGAUGUCCACCGGUUUGAACGUUGCGUUUGACUACACGACAAAUGCGGCGGCGGUGGUUGGAUUGGCACUCGAGAGAGCUACCGUGGGUACCCAUACGCUCACGUUUUCCGUUCCGUCGAUGUCUGCAUUUUCAAAUGUGACGCAAUCGAUCAAUGUAUCGCUUGGUAGGGCGCAUCAUCUCGCCGCGCGAGCACCGUGCGAUGAUUAUUAUUUGACAAGCGAGUGCUCUAGCGCCAUGCUCACGAGGAGCGCUGGGACGCCGUGUACAUGCACUCAGUACAAAUCAUCGGCACUCGUGCAGCUCGACCCUAUAGUCAUUGUCGUCAUGGAUGGUGGAGACAAUCUGAUGGGUAGUUCGUACUCUCCGAACUGCUUGCCAGGAGAAGCGUCGUGCACAGGUGAGGUAGAGGCGGUGUUUGAUUUUGAGGCGACAAAUCCUUGUGUUUUAUCUGCAGGCGCGUGCGCAGCUUCUCAGCCGUUCAAACAUAAGAAACCGAUCGUCAAUGGAAGUGCAGUGUUUGACGAUAUUGCGUUUCGGUUUCCACGCUCGACGAUUCACGGUGGAACGGCCACGAUUACAUUCAGAUCUCCCGGUUUGGUCGACGUUCAGAUAUCUUAUGAAAUUUGGCCCGGCGAUGCGUACGCGCUCAAAGCGACUAUUCCUGAUUCUUAUCCGGGUGAUGAGGACGGUGGCGGUUUACCAUCGAACGUUUUCACCCUCAUCGGAAGCUUUUCGAGGCAUUUCGUGCUAAACGUGGUCGAUCAAGCGGGGAAUAAGCUGCUCGGCGAGGAUGCGACCAAUCGAACAGUGACGGCUUCCGUGGUGAGCUCCACAGCCACGAUGGAGGGUACGCUGGAGCAAGUUACGUCCGCUGGGAGCGCUGUCUUCAGAAACUUCUACUUCACCUCUCCGCCGCACGGAAGUCACAUCGUUCGAUUUUCAACCUCGGGACUUCAAUCUGAUGACUUGAAGGUGAAAAUAGUCGAAGGAACAGCUCGGAAAAUCAAGCACAUCGUGACACUAGAAACCAGAACUUCUUACUCUUCCAGAGAAACCAUAGAGUUUGGAAAGUUUACGAUUCACUUGCAAGAUGCCGGUGGCACGCUAGUGGAAAAUAACUUUGUCGCGACUGAUAUCACGGCAUCGUUGCGCGCGACGUUCAACUCGUCUAGAACGUCUACCACAGUGAAUUACGCCGUCGCUCGAAUGACGGCGCCGUUAGGAAGAGCUGUCCUGGUUUUCCGCGGGUUAACUGCGAGUCGUCUGGAGCAAGGAACGUACACUUUAACUUUUUCGGGUGAGGAUAUGAUUACAGAGACUAUCACCGUGACAAUCACCACUGGAGUGGCGACACAGCUGUACGCACCGCCCGUGAGCACUUUGACCGGGAGAGGGACGUACGAGCGCCAAACAUCUAUAAGUGCUGCGAGGGUCGUUGUUAUGAAUCCAUUCGCCGCCAUCGUUGUUGAUGGUGGUAUGAACGCAGUGGGGAGCAAGGAAGCAGGCGUGUUCCGGAUUAUAAAAGUCAAAGUUGAGUACGCGGUGCCGACGAACAAGACUGUAUUUUCACAAGCGCCGCAAUCGAUGACGUACUCAACUUCCGAUGGAGAGGCGCUGAUCACGGGAGUUACACUGUACAACCCGAUCGCCGGUUUGUACAAGUUGACCCUUACGACGGUAUCUCCGAACGUUCUGCAACCGGCUACGUUUAACGUGACAAUUACUGCGGGAGAGAUAUCAUCGCUCGACGUAUGCGGUUGUCCAACGUGUGUUCGAAGCGCGGUUUCAGCGACGUAUCCAACAGGCUUAUGCACUGAUACGCAGCCGUACUUAAGUGCAGACAAUGUGAAUCUUAACAACGUCGUCGCAGUCACGCGUGACUCUGCGGGUCUACUCAUGGGAUCGGCGUUGAAUAGCGCCGAAGCUCGUCGCGCAGUGUCUGUAAAGUUGACCAAGUACUCUCCAUCGAUCGGCGAAGAGGUUGCGUUCACUUUGGAAAACUCUCCGCUUAUAGCGACAGAGACGGAAGUUACGUGCGGAGAUGCAAUCGACGCGUGCAACUCGACAUCAAAUCGAGUGCCAAGCGCAAGCGCACUAUACGUCCAGAAUGGUGUCGCCGCCUGGUGCGCACCUGGCACCGCGAGCACUCGGGCGAAGAGCUUUUGCAGACCCGUGGGCGAAAACGCAACUGAAAGCUUGGCAAACGCCGAGAUACUAUACGUCACGCAGCUCGGCUCGGCUGUUCCGGACAUCGCUGGAACAAGUGGUGAAGGAUUGGACUACUACGGGGUGCGGCAGGAGCCGGGGUUUAUCGGUGACGCGGUCGGACUUAAGCUCCACCGCCCACUCGCAGGUCGAUAUGUCCUUAGUUUUGCAUCGUUAUGUCCGUCAGAUGUGUGCACGACAACGACGAACGACGGUCUUAUUGGUGAUACUCUGGAAAUCAUCGUCGUUCCUGGUGUUCAACAUCGACUAGAGUUCGGCACACAAAAGAUCCCGCGGCACUUUGAUAGCAACAUCACAUUUCCGGCGUUCGAAAUUUCAGGGUACGAUGUGGCGGACAACCUUCUCACAAAUGUGGUAGAGAACGUAACCGUCACCGUGACGCCGACGCCACACGCGGUGCUUGGAGGCAUAGAGCCCCUGCAAAACGGCCGCGCGAAGUUUGGAAACUUCAAGAUCAUCGGGCGGCGCGGGAUGACAUACAGCCUCGUAUUCAAUUUGGGUCCAGUUAAGCUCAAUGUGCCCGGUGGAGUCACCAUAUUCUCGUGCGAACAGGUCAAGCCGCAUUCAAGGACACUGGCCGACGGGACAUGCGAAUGUUUUCCAGGGUACACAGAAGAUGUCAACCGCACGGGUUUUGUGAACUCAACGGCGACGUCUACUUUUCCAAAUUUGUACUCAACGCUGGACCCUUCUUUGAGCAUCGAUAACUUUUUUGGCUCUCUCCGACCGUAUGGUGUAUGCGUGCCUUGCGAUGUGGGUUUCUUCAAGAGUUCCGGCGGGGCACAAGCUUGCGACGAGUGUCCUGUGAACAUGGACACGUUGAAUGGCGCCAACGGCGAGCCGAUCGCGCCGCACGUUACAGUUGCUGGAGAAACAUUACCCGGGUACCUCGCAAACGUGAACAUAUCCGCAUGUCAGUGUACUUUGAGGGGUCCUGCCGUCGGAAAUUCGCUCGAUUAUGAGAGUUUUUACCGACUAUUUCCGUUCGAGACGUACACGUGCGCUUCAUGUCCCGCCGGGGCAGUGUGCGACUCUAGAGACAUCACUGAAUUAUCUCUCUUGCCAGGAAAAUGGCGCGUAAACAGAACAACGCUCGACAUUAAGGCGUGUCGUUCGCCGAACAGCUGCAAAGGUGGCCGUGGUGAAACGAACGAUUUGUGCCACAUCGGCUACAUCGGGCCUCUCUGCGGCACAUGCGACGCAUCAAGCGGUUACGCCACUCUGGCGGACUCCAACUCUUUAGAGACAUCGCUCAAGUGUACCAAGUGCUGGGGCAGUGGGUUGACUGGAUUAAGUAUUUUCAUCGUCAUCGUCUUGCAAAUCACUGUGGCAUAUUUUGUUUGCAAGGCUGUGCAUAGCGGAUUGGCAACUCAAAUUGUGUACACAAAGAGCAUCAUCUCGCACUUUCACAUGCUCUCCACUCUCGGAUCGAUCAAUCUCGGAUGGACAGAGGCAGCGGGGUUCUUGUUAUCGCUCUCAAGGUGCAUGUCGACGACAUCGUUAAAGUCGUUCGUGGUCGACUGUGCGUCAAAAUGGUCGCACGUUGAUUACACCAGAUAUUCCUUCGUGGCAGUCGGUGUCUUCUGUGCGCUGUGCGUGCCACUUUACCUGUACAUACGACUCGUUUAUUUCUUUGAGGCGAGGAGUGCGUGGUACGAAGAUAAACGUACUCUUGAAAACGCCUAUAUCACGGCGCGAAGAGAGGGAGAAGAUGUCGAUCGCAUCAAGUGGCAGCUCGAGCGCAUCAAGCAACCGCCGGACGUGAAUGACUCGUACCCGGAUGCGUUCAAAAUGCAGACGCAAACAAAGGUGAACAAGGACGGGUACGUGGUGCAAGAGUGGACUGAGGAUCACCUUGCGUCGCUCAAACCGGCUCCGAUUGACGUCGCCUACGGAAUAUUGCACGCCUCGAUCUUCUCGAUGUGCUGGUUCCCCGUCGUCACCGACGUGCUAAAGCUGGUGCGUUCAACAAAAGUUGCAGAUAUCGGCAACUUUUUGUUCGUUGAUUACAAGGUGCGAACAGACACUUCCGAGUUCGAAGAGACUUCGAUCGUCUACUUUAUCGCCGGUUUUGUCGUCGCAUUUUUAUUACCUAGCAAGGUGUUCUCUUCGCUGAAAAGCCAUAAGAGUCAGCUGGCGUGGGCAAAGACCAAGGCACGAUACGGUUUCAUGUACAUCGGCUUCACGGAGGAGAGGUAUUACUGGGAGUUCAUCGUAAUGAUGCGCAAGGCUCUUCUCGCCAUGAUCACCUUGCUUCUUCCCGACAGACCAAUUCUCGCGGCGUAUCUCUGUAUCGCCUUGUUGCAAGGCUCACUCGCACUGGCGUUACUUUUGGACGUGUACGAGCGAGAGCGCCAUCGCCAUGUCGAAGUUGUUUCGUUGACGGUCAUCCUGAUCAGUUAUAACACGGGAGCGCUGGUGGUGAACGUAAAUAAUUAUGUGCUCUCCGUCUUGGCGACUUUGUUCGUGUACGCCUUGAACUUGAGUUUUUUGCUGACCGUCUUCUGGUCCAUUCGCGGAGACAUCACCCAGGAGCGCAUCGCGUCCAAGAUUGAGGCCGAGAGUAAAGCGCUCGAGGGCGAAGACCACCUCCGCCGAGAUGCCAUCAGGCGCGCGCUGGUGGACACGCACGAAGCUGCGCAGGAAUUGCAUCCGAGCAUGGCCGAGCAGCUCAUUGCGUCGUUCGAUGACCAGACGCUCAUUGAAGAGCUGGCGAAACCGGGGGCUAAUGAUUUAAAGCUCAAAUAUCUCCAAUUGAACGUACAUCUAGAGGGAUUGCGGAACAAAUGGCGAAAUAGCAAGUCGCUGCUUGUGCAUCAACCGUCAGAGAUAGAGCACAAGAUUGAGACUUUGGCGGCAGAGCGCAGAAGGCAUGCGAACAAUAACCGAAGCGUGUGGCGCGGCUCAGUCGGGUCUGGCGCCGGAUCAUCGAGCGACAGCGAGCGUAAAUCUGCAUCGAACGACGACUCCGCGUACAUAAACGAAAUAGAAAUCGCCCGCCGAGGACAUGUCGAGGCUCGUGUGGCACAGUACAACGAGCUUAUUGCGCAGCAACUCCGAAUCGCUCGCAACGCUGAGAGAGACGAGCUACUCGGGCCGGACUUCACCGCGAACGCUGCCGCGCAAGAGCAGCCGACCGUACCUUUGUACCCCGCCGGAUAUAUCCCACCAACGCCUCGUCUUCCGGCGCAAGACACAGUUUCGUGGACACCGCCGUCUGCAGAAGUCCUGUUGAACUCGUCAAAGAAACUGGCGAAGAAGCCCGCGGCGGCAAAGCCAUCUAGACCUUUCCCGGCGGUGACAGUCGAUCCAUUCACGCAUGAAUACUUUGAGCUCGCCCCGGUCGGCGACGAGCUCUCCACCGAGGCUCGUCUGGCUGAGAUCGAGGAGCAAAUCAAAAGGGAAACUGGCCCAGAGACGGAUGUCAGCGCGCCGCGAAAAUCGUGGCGCGACAAGAUGACCGACACACGUUGGCGAGUGCAGAAAAGAAUUGAAGCGCGCGAAACCGCGGCGAUGCGUAAGGCGUUCGCCGGCGACAACCCCACCCCCGAAGACUUGGCCCCGGCGAGCUUGAGCGCCCGAAGCGUGACCUCAAAUGAAGACAAAGACGAAGACGCCGUCCCGCGCAGCGGCGGCGGCGACUGA